AUGAUCACGAAAGUGGGCCCACCGAGAUGGCUCACGGCGCGACGGUCGUUCAUGAACAUUUUCAUGGGCUGGGUCUUCCGAACCAACGUCACGCUGCCCAAGGGCUACGAGCUCCCGAGUGGCAAAGUUCUCGAGGAAGACUUGCACGGUUGUCCUGUUGGCUUCGCCUUGACGGCCAUGCAGCAAUUCAUCUCCUUCUUCUGCUUCAUCCUUCUGUACUUUGCACUGUACUACACGCCUUACAGGAUCGAGCCUAAGGUGCUGAUUGAAGACUUUGGGAACAUCACGAAGAAGGAGUGCUGGUCCAUCAUCUCCGUCUGUAUCUUCGGCAGCGUCUUCGCCUUGAACAUCGCGCUGAACAACUUCAGUUUGGGGUACAUCAGCAUUGCAGUGAACCUGAUCAUCCGAUCCUGCCUGCCUCUGACGACCUUCCUGUCCCAGCAGGGGCUAGCCAUGUUCGGGCUCUACCCGCUCAAGCCAUGGAAAUUCUGCGAGAUUUUCCUGAUGACCUUGGGCGUCUUCUGCGCCUGCAUUUUCACCAUGGCCAAGAUUAUGGGUGCAGGGUCGCACGGGAGUUCAAGCAGCAACAUGAUCCUUGGUGUGAUCAUCUGCGUGCUGUCCUUGCUUUGCGGCUCCCUGAACCUUGCUCUUGCAGGCGUUCUGGGCGAGAUGAAGCUCAAUGUCUACGACACUGUGGCCUACAUGUCCAUCCCGGCCUUCCUUUUCCUACUUCCCUUCGCCAUGUUCCUGGACAAGCCGGUUCCAGGGGAGUGGCCGCAGGUCUUUGGCGUCGACCAUGCCACUGACUGGCAAAUCCUGCGGCAGGUGGCGGUGAUUGCGCCCAAGACUUUCGGGCUCUUCGCGCUCUCUGGGGUGUUCUCUUUCAUGUACAACAUCGUUCAGUUUAGCAUCGUUCACACCCUCUCACCGUCUGCAACCGCUUUCGGAGGCAACUUCAACAAGGCAGCGCUGGUGUUCCUGACGCUGAUACUGCCCUUCCUGCAGGUUCAUGCUCUGCCCGGGUCGCCCUACAUCGAGGUCAUCUGGGCAGCAGUCAUCGGCAACGUCUGCGCUUUCAGCGCCUACAGCUACCUGCAGAUUCUUGAGAAGGAGAAGGCCAAAACGGCCGUAAAUCCGGAGGAGAAGGUGGGCUUCACUUCCGACAAGGAGGUGGAGGACUGGAGUAGCGGCUCCGACUCCAGCGAGGACGAGAGCGCCGCAGUUUGCUGA